UAAACCCUAGCAACGGCGCAGGCUCCAGACCGAGUCCGUUAUGGCUGCAGACGUCCUGGGAAGGAUGAGGGGCUCUGCGCAAGCGAAGGUGCUCCCGGAAUCGGGCAUCCAGGUGCCUGCGGGGCUGGCGCAGCCGCUACUCCUGGCGCUCCUGCUUGCGUCCGCCACCAUCUCCACUGUUGUAUCACAGCAAUCAAACCAAACUGUACUCAACUCAACUGCUUCUACCCUGAAUGUGAAUGCUUUAACACAUGAAAACCAAACGAAACCAUCUAUAUCCCAAAUCAGUACCAUGUUCCCUCCCACAACUAGUACAGUGAAAAGUAGGGGAGUAUCUGCGGCCCCUCCUCCCUCACCGACCACUUUGUUCCAAGAGGAAGCUGAUAACAAUGAAGAUCCUAGCAUAGAGGAAGAGGAUCUUCUCACGCUGAACAGUUCUCCGUCCAUAGCCAAGGACACUCUGGACAAUGGAGAUUAUGGCGAAACAGACUAUGACUGGACCACCAGUCCCAAGGAUGAUGACCCUGAUGACACCUUGGAAGAAAACAGGGGUUACAUGGAAAUUGAACAGUCAGUGAAAUCUUUUAAGAGCCCAUCUUCAAAUAUAGAAGAGGAAGAUAGCCAUUUCUUUCUUCAUCUUAUUGUUUUUGCUUUUUGUAUAGCUGUUGUUUAUGUUACAUAUCACAACAAAAGGAAGAUUUUCCUUUUGGUUCAAAGCAGGAAAUGGCGUGAUGGCCUGUGUUCCAAAACAGUGGAGUAUCAUCGUCUAGACCAGAAUGUUAAUGAGGCAAUGCCUUCUUUGAAGAUCACCAAUGAUUAUAUUUUUUAAAGCACUGUGAUUGGAGUUUGCUUAUUAUGUAAUUUUAUUUGCUUGACUUUUUAUAAGAUAUUGUGCAGAUGUUUGCCAUAGGCAAUUGGUACUUAAAUGAGAGGAUGGUCUCUCUUUUGCCUUGGUGCUUUGGAAAUUCAAUGUCACAAACAAGGAGUCUAUAAUUUUUUAUCUAUACUUUUAGAGCUGAAUUUAAUCAAGUGUCCAAAAUAUGAGUUAAACAUACCUUAUAUUUACACUGUUAGUUUUUAUUGUUUUAGUUUAUUAUACUUCUUCUGGAAUUUAGUGAUACUACUUUUAAAAGAUCCCAAACUUGUAACUAAAUUCUACCAUAUCUGGUUACUGCUGACUCAGAUUCACCCUCUUCCAUCCAAAUACUAUUUUUUUAAGCGCACAUUUCUCUGUGGUCCCAAACUGUAAUGUACAAGGAAAUGUGUUGAUAAUGCUUCGCAGUUCAUAUUUUUUCUUUUAAGAAAACUGCUUUGGAUAUUUUAGAUACUUUAAACAUAAUUUAAGGUAAUGAUAUUGCUUAAUCUAACCACAGUUUUCGGUAAUCAUUACAUAAAUCCCAGGUGUCCUCAAACUACAGCCCAUGGGCCACAUGCGACCUGCUUAGGACAUUUAUCUGGCCCUCCAGGUGUUUUUGCCACUGCUGCCUGUCCUGCUU